GAGAAUGCUUGAGUGAGUUGACAUGGGGGAUUUCAACUUCUAGCAGGUGCUUUCACCGUCCCAUGCUGAGUUCUAGACAAGAUUUUUUUUUUCGUCUACUGACAGAUGGAUGCUAUUUGAAAAAUGAUUGAGUGUCAGUUUUUUGUAAUAGGAGAGAGAAUACUUACAUGUGGGAGCACGUGCUGUAGAGGGGAAUUUUUUUUUUCGACUUGUAGCAUGCUCUCGCUCGCACGAGCCUGGAACAGAGAGAGAAACGUAUGCUAUAUAAACAGAAGUGAUGAGAGGAAAAUUAUCAUUCACAUCAGAGCCAGAUUUGAGUAUACUUCACGCAUCAUGAGUUCUCCAUCAUCUUCAUACAUCUUACCAGAUAGCCCACCGCAGCGCAUCCUCAACUACUGGCAGCGGAAAGCUGCCCUCACUGCUGAGUCGACCGCUGCUGCACCCGUCCCCUCACCGCUCAGCGUGGAACCAGCAUCACCACGCGGGGAGAUUAUCAUCCCAGACAGCCCUCUUCAACGUCUAGCUCCAGCUGCUACCUGGGCACCGCGGCGAGCGGUGCUGACAACAGUGACCAACAAGCAGAAGCAGGCGAAGAAGAGGCUGCUGUUUGAGGAGCCUGAAGUUAGCGGGGAUGAGGACGAGUCAAUCUUCUCACAAACAAAGAAACGUGCUGGUAUGGAGGACAACUCCUCCAUGGUUCCACUACUAGAGGAGGUGCAGCAAGCGGGGGAUGAAUUGGACUUUGUGCAACUAUUCAACCAGGCUCAGCUGAAACCAUGGAUCCCACAGAGGGAAUUGAAGGAGCGCACUCCCUACCCCAUAGUUGCCGUGAGGGAGCAAAUGAACAUCCAUGGCCAUCACAUAAUUUUAAAAAUUGUUAAUGCAGGAAGUGAAU